CCCAGAGAAAAUCUGCACCUCUAUCGUCAUGUGUUCAGCUUGUUGAUCCAUUCCAUUCUAUGCAUCAGGUAGGGGAAGCUAUUUUUUUCCUCUCUUUUGUCUGCGUGCUCUGGACCCAGCACCCGCCGUUGGCAGGGUCUCCCUCAACUAGCUCUUUCCUUAGUUUAUUCUUCCCUUUCCUUUUUUUCAUGACCUUAUUCUGCGCCUUUUCUCCAUCUGGAGAUGCUUUCUUGUGGAUGUCCGAUUGUGGAAUGUGGACCGACUUAACUGGUCUUUGGACGAUUUCUUUCCCGCCAACAGCAAGGCCUUUGCUUUUGGUUGGGGUUUCUUCCCAUGCUCAAUGGCGGAUGAGAGAACCGAAGCCAAGCCAUAAGUACCUAUAGUCAUGUCUUCGAUCAGCAAAAGU